AUGGCAUCUAACGAAUAUUCCCAGUCAGCUCCGCAGGGCUACGGCUCCUACGGUGGCGCGGCCAGCCAGAGCUACGGGCAACCCUCCGGCCAGGGCUACAGCCAGCAGGGGGGGUACGGAGGAGGGGGAGGGUACAGUCAGAGCCCAGAGAGUGGCUCUGCCUCCUACAACCAGGGAGGCUACGGCAGCUAUGGCCAGCCACAGUCGGGAGGGUACGGUUCCUCUCCUCCCAGCCAGGGGGGGGGCGGCAGCUACCCGGGCCAGUCCUAUAGCUCCGGGGGCUACAGCGGCGGCGGCGGCGGCAGUGGGGGCGGACAGCCGUCCUCUGGGGGGUACGGCCAGCAGUCGUCCUACUCAGCCUACGGCCAGCAGCCCCCUGCUUCACAGCAGCAGCAGCAGCCCCCCUCCUCCCCCCCUGCAGGCUACGGCGGGAGCGCAACGCCGUCGUCGGCGUACGGCCAGCCGCCCAGCGCGGGGCCCGGCUACGGGGGGCAGGGCGGGGGGGCCUACGGCGGCGGGACUGGCGGCGCUCCGGGCGGGGGCUACGGGGCCAGCCAGCCGCCCCCCCAGCAUGGCGGUGGCGGCGGCGGCGGCGCCCCCUACAACCAGCCCUCGGGCUACAGCUCCCCGGCCGCCCAGAGCUACGGCCAGCAGGGGCAGUACGCCCCCGGCGGAGGCUACGGGCAGGACAGCCCCCCAAUCAGCGGAGGGGGGGGCGGCGGCAGCUACAGCAGCCAGGACAGCGGCUACGGGGGUCCGGAGGGCCCCUCCGGCCGCGGGCCCCGCGGCGGGGGCUACGGCGGCGGGUUCGGGGGUCGCGGUGGCGGCGGCUUUGAGCGGGGCUUCGACCGCGGGGGCCGCGGGGGGCCCCGGGGCCGAGGGGGAAUAGGAAUGGGCGACCGUGGAGGAUUCAAUAAGUUUGGUGUGUCUCAGGGCCGAGAGAGCCAGGACAUGGACAUGGGGGACCUGGCUCCUAUCAACAAGAAGACGGGUCUGCCGAUGAUCAACCUCUACACCGACCGGGACACGGGCAAGCUGAAGGGGGAGGCCACCGUCUCCUUCGACGACCCCCCCUCCGCCAAGGCCGCCAUCGACUGGUUUGACGGGAAGGAGUUCAGCGGGAACCCCAUCAAGGUGUCCUUCGCCACCCGCCGGGCGGACUUUGGGGGCCGGGGGGGCAUGCGCGGCGGGCGCAGCCGUGGAGGACCCGCGGGUCGAGGGGGCUUCGGAGGGGGGCGUGGAGGAGGAGGAGGACCGGGGGGUAUUGUAGGAGGAGGCGGAGGAGGAGGAGGAGGACCCGGUGGUUUCCCAGGGGGCAACGGGGGAGGAGUCGGCAGCGGUGGGAACGGAGGCGGACAGCAGAGGGCCGGCGAUUGGAAAUGUUGCAACCCUGAAUGCAGCAACUUGAACUUCUCCUGGCGCAACGAGUGCAACCAGUGCAAGGCCCCCAAGCCAGAGGGGGCCGGGGGAAUGCCCACCAUGGAAAGAGUCGAGUGA